AUGCCCGUCCCUAAGGUUUUAGUUGGCAAGGUCAUUGUAGUGGGGCCCGCUAGCGUAGGGAAGACUUGUUUGGUCACAAGAUUCGUAGAUGAUGUAUUUGACGCUAACACGCAAUCCACGUUAGGUUGUGACUCGAAGGAGAAGACCCUGAAUGUGACAGGUAAGCCCAUCAAAUUGAUUCUGUAUGAUACAGCAGGCCAGGAGCGGUUUGCCCAAUUGGCCGGAAAUUAUUAUAGGCAGGCGGAUAUAUGUUUGUUGUGUUUCGAUUUGUCCAAUUCAGCGUCUUUUGACCAAAUAAAAUGGUGGCAGAAUCAAGUGGCUCAACAUAACGAACGGGCUGAGUUUGUUCUGGUACUUGGGGCCGGGUCGAAUUCGGAUCUAGCGCCAAAACUCGAUGUCUCGUUUGCUCGGAGAUAUGCGAAUGAGAAUGGUUUCCCAUUCUUCCUCACAUCCUCACUGACAGGUGGAGAGCAGAUUGAGUUCUUGUUCUAUGCAGUAGCAGAGAAGGUGGUCCGGUUAGCGCUGCAACGGCAGAUGCUUCAGCAGCAAGCUCAGCACUCGAGCUUCGGAGCGCCGGUACCGGUCGAGGGGUCCGAUUAUGGAGUUGCCGUAGCGCGUGACUACGAUAGGCCGAUCAGGCUCGACCUCCCAUUCAGUGACAAGGGGACCUCAUCCAGCGGCUGCUGUGGCUCCUAG